CUGGCAAUGUACCGACAGAGAGGGUUGAAAGUCAAUUGGCUAGGAGGUCCAAGCCCCGCACACUGAACGCUUCUUAUAAGGUGCAUAAAUCAAGACGAAACCAUUUCAAUUUUUAUUUCAUCAACCUUUGAAAACAUUAGAGAAAAUAACAUUUAGUAUAGAAGAGUCUAUCCCUGGAAGCAUCUAAAACCGUUAUAAAACUUCCGAGGCUGGACACGUUGUAACCGGUCGGAAAGAUGAAAACCUCAAGAUGGUGGCAGCAAUGUUCAGUCAUCAGCUUCCUGUUAGCUGUUUGGCUUCCAGCCUGGAUCAUGGCCCAGACAACGCCCCCUAUCCAGAGCACCACCUCUCCCAAACCCCAGAAUGACCGGCUGCAGUUUCGUCUGGUGGGGUACCCCCGGAAGCACAACGAGGGGCGCAUCGAGAUCUUCUACAAGGGAGAGUGGGGGACCAUCUGUGAUGAUGACUUCUCUCUGUCCAAUGCCAACGUCCUCUGUCGCCAGCUGGGCUUCGUUUCUGCUACGGGGUGGACUCAUAGUGCCAAGUACGGCAAGGGACUAGGGAAGAUCUGGCUGGAUAAUGUGCAGUGUAACGGAGGAGAGAAGAGCAUUGAGCUGUGUAAAUCCCGGGGUUGGGGCAACAGUGACUGCACACACGAUGAGGACGCUGGAGUCGUCUGCAAGGACGAGAGGCUUCCUGGUUUUGUCCACUCCAACAUCAUCGAUGUGCAGAUGGAUGAGAACAAGGUGGAGAAGGUGCGUCUGCGUCCGGUGGUGCCCACCAAAAAGAUGCCCGUCACCGAGGGUGUGGUAGAGAUUAAGUACAGGAACGGCUGGGUCCAGAUCUGUGAUGUGGGAUGGACCUCCAAAAACACUCGGGUCAUCUGUGGUAUGCUGGGGUUCCCUGACGAGAAAAAGGUCAACAAGAACUUCUACAAACUGAACACAGAGCGUCAGAAGAACCAGUACCACCUCCACUCUGUGGCAUGUGUUGGCACUGAGGUCCACCUGGCAGCCUGCCCCCUGGAGUUCAACAAGGGUAAUGCCACAGGUUCCUGUAAGGGCGGCAUGCCAGUUGUGGUCAGCUGUGUACCUGGACCACAGUACGUACACAACAACGGACUGAAGAAGAAACUGAAAACCACGAGUACGGUGAGGCUGAAGGGUGGUGCCAAGCUGGGUGAGGGCAGAGUGGAGGUGCUGAGGAACAAUGAGUGGGGCACGGUGUGUGAUGACCGUUGGACCCUGCUGUCUGCCAGCGUAGUGUGUAGGGAGCUGGGCUUCGGAUCCGCCAAGGAAGCCCUGACUGGAGCUCGAAUGGGACAAGGGAUGGGUCCUAUCCACAUGAAUGAGGUCCUGUGUCUGGGGACGGAGAAGUCGAUGUGGAACUGUGGCUUUAAGAACAUAACCUCAGAGGACUGCCAACAUGUCGAAGACGCCGCUGUGAGGUGCAACACGCCAUACAUGGCUCUGGAGAACUCGAUCCGCCUGACAGGGGGCCGUACGCGGUAUGAGGGGCGGGUGGAGGUGCUGAGCACAGAGGCUAACGGGACCAGGAGCUGGGGCCUGAUAUGUGGAGGGGCCUGGGGCACCAAGGAGGCCAUGGUGGCCUGCAGACAGCUGGGGCUAGGCUACGCUAACCACGGCCUGCAAGUGCGUAUCGUGGGAGGCAGGACGUACUAUGAGGGCCGUGUGGAGGUUCAGGUGGGGGCGCGGUGGGGCACGGUGUGUUCUGCCAGCUGGACCACUAAAGAGGCCAUGGUAGUCUGCAGACAGCUAGGCCUGGGAUACUCCAUGCAUGCCAUCACUGAAACAUGGUACUGGGACAGUAGUAACGUGACCGAGAUGGUGAUGAGUGGAGUGAAAUGUACAGGAAACGAGAUGUCUCUGAGCCACUGCCAGCAUCACAGGACUGUCAGCUGUCAGAAGACUGCUGCCAAGUUCUCUGCUGGGGUCAUCUGCUCAGAGACUGCGUCUGACCUGGUCCCGAAUGCUCCCCUGGUCCAGCAGUCCGUGUACAUUGAGGACCGCCCGCUCCACAUGCUGUACUGCGCAGCGGAGGAGAACUGUCUGUCUAAGUCUGCUGCUAGUGCUAACUGGCCCUACGGACACCGCCGCCUGCUACGGUUCUCCUCUCAGAUCCACAACAUCGGACGGGCCGACUUCAGGCCCAAGGCUGGACGCCACUCCUGGGUCUGGCACGCCUGUCACGGCCACUACCACAGCAUGGAUAUCUUCACCCACUAUGACCUGCUGUCGUCCAACGGGACCAAGGUGGCUGAGGGACACAAGGCCUCCUUCUGUCUGGAGGACACUGAGUGUCACGAAGGUAUCUCUAAGAGGUAUGAGUGUGCUAACUUCGGAGAGCAGGGCAUCACCGUGGGGUGUUGGGACCUGUAUCGCCAUGACAUCGACUGCCAGUGGAUCGACAUCACCGACAUCAAACCAGGAAACUACAUCUUACAGAUUGUGAUCAAUCCAAACUUUGAAGUGGCAGAGAGUGACUUCACCAACAAUGCCAUGAAAUGCAAUUGCAAAUACGACGGACACCGGAUCUGGCUUCACAAUUGCCAUAUGGGUGAUGCCUUCAGUGAGGAGGCAGAGAGGAGGUUUGAGAAGUACCCAGGGCAGUUCAACAAUCAGAUCUCAUAAUCCUCCUAGCAAUACACCAAUCUGUUCCAGACCCAUGUACAAGCCAACGAGGAGGGCUGAUGCCUUUCACCAUGCUAAACAAUGGGACAACCAAUCACCCUUCAUCACCUAGCUACCUAUCAGAACCAACCAUUUAUCAUCACAUCACAAAGCAACCAACCAAUCACACGCCUAAAUUCCACAAGGCAGCAGUCUGAUCUGAAGGAUCCAUGCCAAAGUCAUGUUGUAUUGUGAAUGUGUUGGUGUGUGUCUCAGUUAGUAUUAUUAUUAUAUUAUACUGGAAUACUCAGUGCUUUGUUUUCAAAAACAAACUUACUUUAGAUGUUUUGUUCAAAUGUGAGUAUAUUAUGUUACAUUGCGUGACAGAAGAACAAUUCAUAAGCUUUCAUACAACUAGUCUUAAUGUAUGAUUUAUUGAUAUGCAACCUUUUUCAUUCAUGUUUUGUUUAAGUUCUGAAUGAAGUUUUAUUUUUAUAGCCAGUCUAGUUUUGAAAGGUGCUCCAGGAGAAGACCUAAUUUUUCUAACAGCAUGAGGCAUCAGUCAGAGAACCAUUCUACUGCCUCUCCUCAUAGACUUGGAUAGACAGCUCUAGUGCCCUAAAGCCCUAAAGCACAGCAGCGCCAUUGAGGACUUUCACCAUACUGAAGUAGUCAACUGGGUGGGACUUCCUAUUGGUUAAGGAAGGAUCACAUGAUUCCGCCCAGGUCAUCAGGAGGGAUCAGCCAAUGAAUUAUACUCCUGAGCAAACAUUCCGUAACUCCAGGGGGCAGUAAAUCCCCAACCAUGUCUUUAUACCUGUUCAGACAACACCCUCCAGGGGUGCAGUAAAUCCCCAACCAUGUCUUUAUACCUGUUCGAACAACACCCUCCAGGGGGCAGUAAAUCCCCAACCAUGUCUUUAUACCUGUUCAGACAACACCCUCCAAGGGGGCAGUAAAUCCCCAACCUUGUCUUUAUACCUGUAAAGACACAGCCUCCAGGGGGCAGUAUGCAUGUUUGUUAACCGACUCAUAGAAGUCAUAGAGAAUGUCCUCAAUGGUGCCGCCCAUGCUGUCACAAAAGCUGUUAUGGCUCAGAUGUAAAGACACCUCCUUUAUCAACCUCUUUGAUCUCCAUGCAGUUCUACUAUAGAUCAUAGUGAAGAUCUAAUUCUUAAGUGUUAACCCAUCCACCCCUAGUCAAGUGUUAAACCACCCCUAGUCAAGUGUUAAACCACCCCUAGUCAAGUGUUAAACCAUCCACCCCUAGUCAAGUGUUAAACCAUCCAUCCCUAGUCAAGUGUUAAACCACCCCUAG